AUGGCCUCCGCUCCUUCUUCCUCUCCUCCUCAGGAGUUCCCACCCCUCUCUUCCAAGGUUUCUGUUCCCUCUUUUGCGCCAGCUCUCAGCUACAGAAACGUUGUAGCUUCCCCUCGUCCGGGAAAUGCUUUUAAGCUUUCCUCUACCGUUUUGCCUGACGAUCCCUUGGAUUUUAAUGAAGCUCAGGUGAAAGCUGCAAAGGAUGAAUGGGGCUUAUCUUUGAUAGGUUAUUCAAUUGGUAGACGACCAUACUACGAGUCCUUGCUCUCUACCAUGCGUAAGUCUUGGAAACUCAAAGGUAUGAUGAAAUUACUCUCGCUGAGUGAUGGUUUUUUCAUGCUUAAGUUUACUGCGCAUGAGGAUUUUUAUAUGGCUUUGGCGGGGGGUGUUUGGUUUUUUUUGGGAAAACCUUUCGUCUUGCAAAAAUGGAAACCAAACUUCAAACCGGUGAGAGAAGAAUUCUCCUCUGUUCCUAUUUGGUUCAAAAUCAUUGAUCUUCCUCUUCCCUGUUGGACUCCUGAAGGCAUUUCGAGAAUAGCGAGUAAAAUUGGGAAACCAUUGGUGGUGGAUGAUCUCACAGCGGAAAAAACACGACUCACAUAUGCCAGGGUCUGUGUCCAGGUCGCUAAAGACUGCUCUUAUCCGGAAACCAUUCCCAUUUCCAUUCUUGGUGAGGCGUUUACUCUUAAAAUUCAAUAUGAAUGGAAACCAAUUCCUUGUCAACAUUGUGGAUCCAUUGUUCAUUCCCCAGAUUUCUGCCCUACAAAACCCUCCUCUGCUCAGGCAGAAUCUCGUAUUCCUGCUAGGGGAAGAAGUCAAAGCCGCAAACCGCCAAGACCGGACAACAGGAAUAACACAAGCAAUCCUCCAAAGCAGAAUCUUUCAUCUGGUUUAGCUGAAGGAAUCAUUUCUGCUACAACUUCACUACCUUCAUCUCAUCCGAUUACUGACCAGCCAAAGGUCAGUAACAACCAACAGUCUUCAAUCAAUACUCCUUCCACCUCGCAGAUUACGCCAGUCACCAUUCCACCCAGCAACACUCAGUCAUCUGUAUCUCACAUUCCGAAUCUAAAUUCGCCAACUGACGAGGUAGUCAAUCCUAAUUUGGUCAUUCUGGCUAAUAAGUAA